CCCGUCCCCCCGCCCACCCAAUCCGCGUACCUUCGAAGCGCCCUUAGAAAAGGCCAGCGCUUCGCCGCGACUUCUCAAACUCCUCUUCUUCUGACCAGCCGGUCUCUUCUCUUGCAGUCUGCUGUGCGUCCUCGCUUUUCGUCUCUCUAUUCUUCCGAAUUGUGUUGCGACUUGCCGAAGCUGGGCUCUCCAAGUUGCUGUCUCCCCUUCCAUCAUAGACAACUUCACCUCUUCUCUUUAACUGUUCGAUCGUUCAUGACAUUCUCACGCCGACCCCUCCUCUCAUAACUGUCCAACUCGUCUUGAGCAUGGCCGCCAACACCAAGAAGACUCCUACAGUGACCAUCGAGAAACGAACCUCAAGAGACUCGCUCGCGCCGCCCUCACUCAAGUCUCCACGAACUGCCCGCUUUGCCGAAGCGACUUCGGUCUACUCCCCGAUCGACGCAAGGUCGCCUUUCGCGGAUCCGCCUACGACUCACUACAAGCCCCAGCCACAGGUUUCCGACGUAGGCUUUGGCUACAUCGAACCUGUCGAAAUGGAAGAAGAACACGAUAACAGGCGGUACCUCCCGCCACCAACGCCCAAAUCUCCUCUUAAAAGCGCUCUGAAGUCUCCUGGUGCGCCGCCGCGGACACCAGGCGCGGAGACCAUGAUUCUCAGUCCUACGUUCCGAGAAGAGCAGAUAUUAGAGAAGAAGGAGGCAGAGACGGAGAAGGAGCAAGCAAAAGACCUGAAAAUCAAGGUUCGGGUACGGAUAGCGAAGAUCUUCCUCCGUGGCAUCAAUUUCGCCUGUAGUCUGAUUGUGCUUUCUAUGCUGGCAGCUGUCUUCGCCAUCUUCAACGCUACCAAGAAUCUCCCUCGUAGGAACAAUCUGCCACCUUGGGCCGAUAACACCAAGGUCUGGCCACAAGUCACACUUCUCGUCAUCGCUUGCAUCUCUCUGUUCAUGUCCAUUGUUGUCCUAAUCGCAUACACAAGAGGCGGACAUCGGCGAGCGGAGAAGGUGGCAGCAUACUAUACCCUCUUUGCUGUUGGUUUCUUCAUCUUCAGCAUCGUCAUGUGGGCCGUUGGCGCCGCACUGUUCAACCAGAGCAAAUCGCAGGGCAACGGCAAAGACAUGUGGGGCUGGUCUUGCGUCGACAACAAGCGUCGGCACCUGUUCGAAAAUGACGUGUCAUAUGCUCUUUUAUGCCGUCUCCAGAACUGGUCCCUCGUCUGCUGCAUCAUCGAAGUCGUCAUCGAAAUGCUUUGCAUCGUCAUAUACGGCUUCGUCUUCUAUCGUUUCUGGUCCAAACGCAAGCUCCGCAAAUCCAUGGCCGUCCGCGACAAGGCCCGCUCCGACCUCUACCUCGCACAACUACGCUCUCAAUCCGCGCCCAAUACCCCAGGACUCGGUCCCCUCUCCCCUCGCUCCGGCGGCUGGCGCCCUCCUCCAGGCUACUCCUACUACGGCUCCAAAGACCCACAGUCGGAUGCCGAAAACGGUGAAAGCGACAAGGUGCAAUUCGCUGUGGCGCGCGAAAUCGUCCAACCCCAGCCUUUCGCGCUGCAGGCACCCCCCAUCAAGAUCACCGGCGCGACACCCAAGGUCGCGCAAGGAGGUUUCGAUGUGCCCGCUCGCACCAACACCGCUUCUCCACCCCUUUCCCCAGGCUUCGCCGAGAGACAGAACGAGCACGUUCCCGCUGCACCCGGCGAGCAGACGUAUGCCGCUGUACCUAUCCCCGGUGCGUACACGCCGCUGGCUUCACCGUCGUAUCCUCCGCCUCAGUCGGCCUCGGCGCAGGGCUUCGACUUUGGGCCGGGGGUGACGGGGAAACAGGCGUAGGCUGUGUUUGAAGCCUGCUCAAAAUUGUACAUGCAUCGUCGCGCUCUUCAUUUCUCUCUCUCGCUCUUCGUCUUCUUCAUAUUAUACCUGGGGUCCUUGGGGUGUUGGGGCGCACGUUGGCGUUCGACUGGCUGGGUAUAUCAGCUGUACAUUUUCCCCAUUCCAUUGAGCGAU